UGGAAUUUCAACUGCAUGACGUCAUUUACUCUGCCGAACGAGAAAGUUGGUUGGUAGCUAGCUAACUGGAAAAGGGGAACUUUUUCUUUCUGAAGAAGAUUGGAUUUGUUACUGAAUUCUGGAAGUGGAGUGGAAGACGAUGCGCCAUGCGUUUAAGUUAAUACAAAGUAAAUAAAAGCCUGGACUAUCAUGUAAACUUUCGCAAAAAAUAAAAACCUAACAACCAGCAAUUAGAUGGAGGAACGGGAAGGUAAAGAGGGGUGUCACUGUGUGGGCUGCGGUGGAAGGAUCCUGGAUACGUUCUACGUGAAAGUUCUCCAGGAGUCGUGGCACAACGCCUGCUUCCAGUGCUCAGAGUGCUGUGACCACCUGACGAACUGGUACUAUGAGAAGGAAGGCAAGCUCUUCUGCCGCAACCACUACUUGGAGAAAUUCGGGGAACUGUGCCACGGGUGCUCCCUGCUCAUGACUGGUCCGGCUAUGGUGGCCGGAGACUACAAAUACCACCCGGAGUGUUUCGUGUGCUUAAGCUGCAGGGUGGUAAUUGAGGACGGGGAUACAUAUGCCUUGGUGGAACGCUCCAAACUUUACUGUGGGAAGUGCCACAAGCAGAUCGUGCUGACGCCCGUGCUGGAGAAGUGUUCGCCGGACUCGGCCCUGGACUCCCUGCCCCACACGGUCACGCUCGUGUCCAUGCCCGCCGCCACCAACGGCAAGAGGGGCUUCUCCGUGUCCAUCGUCAGGGACUGCUCCGGCACCACCGCCAGCGUGCAGGUCAAAGAGGUUCUCGGAAUACAUAUAAGUCCGGAGGUGCGGAAUGCCAUCCACGUCGGUGACCGGAUUCUGGAGAUCAACGGCCUAGCAGUGGGCUCAUUGAUGGAGGAGGAGGUGGAGGACCUGAUCCACCGGACCAGUCAGACGCUGCAGUUGCUGAUCGAGUAUGAUCCGGUCAGGCAGCGGUUGGACAGGCUCAGGCUGGGGUCCUCGCACGCGCGGCUGGGGGUGCCCGCCGCGUCCCGUCUGCGGCUGUCCUCCACCGCCGGGACCGUGCUGGAGCAGACUGACGGCAUCGCGGACGGCAGCAGCCUCAAGAGACGCUCGCUGAGGCGCAGCAACAGCAUCUGCAAGUCCCCCGGCCCGGGGUCCCCGAAGGAGCACCCCCCCCUGUCCCGGGACAUCGGGCGCUCCGAGUCCCUGCGCUCCGCCAGCAGCUGCUCCCACCGGAUCUUCCGGCCCUGCGACCUCCUCCACGGCGAGGUGCUGGGGAAGGGCUUCUUCGGCCAGGCCAUAAAGGUGACCCACAAGGCCACGGGUGAGGUGAUGGUGAUGAAAGAGCUGAUUCGCUGCGAUGAGGAGACCCAGAAAACGUUCCUGAAGGAGGUCAAAGUGAUGCGGAGUUUGGAUCAUCCUCACGUCCUGAGGUUUAUUGGAGUGCUGUACAAGGACAAGAGACUGAACCUCAUAACGGAGUUCAUCGAGGGAGGCACGCUGAAGGAUUUCAUUAGGGACAUGGACCCGUUUCCGUGGAAGCAGAGGGUCAGUUUUGCCAAGAGCAUCGCCUCCGGAAUGGCCUAUCUGCAUUCGAUGAGCAUCAUCCACAGAGAUCUGAACUCUCACAACUGCCUGGUCAAACUGGACAACACGCUGGUGGUUGCGGAUUUCGGGCUCUCCCGCCUGGUCGUGGAGGACAAGACCCGACACCCGCCGUCCGAGAAGCCCACCAACAAGAAGAGAACCUUCCGGAGGCUCGACCGCAAGAAACGUUAUACGGUGGUGGGGAACCCGUACUGGAUGGCCCCGGAGAUGCUGAACGGUAAACGUUAUGAUGAGAAGGUGGACAUCUUCUCCUUUGGGAUUGUGCUUUGUGAGAUUAUUGGCCAAGUGUAUGCAGAUCCAGAAUGUCUCCCAAGAAACAUGGAUUUCGGACUGAACGUGGAAAAGUUCUGGGAGAAGUUUCUUCCAGAAGAUUGCCCACCUGCUUUUUUCCCGUUGGCUGUGGCUUGCUGUGACCUUAUCCCUGAAAACCGGCCAGCCUUCGAGAAGCUGGAGGACUGCUUCGAGGCUCUGACCCUCAACCAGGACCUGGGCAUCCCGCUGCCAGGCGAGCUGGAGGAACUGCACCAGAGUCUCUGCCGCCUCCACGGGACCAACCAGAGCCAGAACCAGAGCCAGAACCAGAGCCAGAGCCAGGGCCAGGGCCAGGGCCAGAACCAGAGCCAGAACCAGAGCCAGAGCCAGAGUGCCGUGGCCCUGCAGCCUCCCGAAGGCCUGGGCCUGGCCAACAGCGGAACUUAGCCCUGGCCACCAGGCCCAACCUCCCACCCCACCCCACCCCACCUCAACCCACCCACACCACCCCACACGGAAGCCCCCACCCCACCCCACCCCACGAACCACGUUCAUGUCUGCACUAACCCAAGGGAGGAGCCCAGAGUUGAACUGGACUCGACGUUUACACAGUUUUCGACAAGCCUCCUCACCCCACACAGAGAUCAAGUGUGCCGUUUCCCCCACGUGCCCGAUUCAGCACCUGAAAUACGGGAUCACGUUAGAACACGGUGACUGGUGCCAAGAGGAACAUUUCAAUGCAAUGUCAUUUACUUUCUUUCAUUGCCUUCCCCCCCCCCCCCCCAUCAUCCCAAACUGCACAUGGGCUUUUACACUCGUUUACCACAGUGAUAGAGAAUGAAACAUCUCAAAGAACAUUACUUUAUACCAGAGGGGUUGAUCUCACUAAAUGUGGAAGUACAUGAAAAUCUCAGCAUUUCUUCUUAGCCUGAAAAUGAUUAAAUUUUUGUUUGUUUGUUUUUUUUUUUUGGUGAGAUUUUUACUGUGCAGGUAGUCCUACUACAUGCCUGUUUAGUUGCGUAACGCACAGGAAUGCUACUUGUCAACACCACCGUUGGGGCCUUUGACUGCGUGACCACUCUAGGGACGGUUCAUUCAGGAAGACGGGGGCACGUAACGCACAUUGACGAUUUUAAGGGCGCUUACAACCACGGCCACACCGCAUUCCAGAGCGUGGUGGACGUUCUGGUAUCCACUCAUCCACAUCACCGACCGUCUGUGGGUGCGUUUCCCCUGGUUUCGCUUGUGCCAGGUUUCACGGCAGGUCGUUCGCGUGACGUUUGAAGCGCGAUGAAAUCCAGUAACGCCGCACUGUCUCCUGCACUUACCGCGCUCCCUCGGUUAUAGUGGCUGACGCCACACGACGUUUGAAAUGAAAAGACAAACUUAACAGGUGCACGGGAGACUGUCUGAACCCGAGUGUAUUUUACAGUAGCGUAGGUCUGCUUACAGUGUAGUUGUUCUCACGGGAAUCUUUAACUGUGCAAAACUGGAGUUCUUCUUUUUUGGAUAAAGUGUAUAGAAACCGUAUGUAAAUGUAUAUAUAAAUGGUAGUGUUUUUGGGGAUACUGGAUGUUGAUUUGCAAAUAUAUCUUUAGAAUGUGAAAUGAUUGUACAAUAUUCCAGGAAAUGUUUUUUUUGUUUUUUUUAAGUUUCAUUAUUUCUUUAAGGUACUGACAUGUACAAAUUGUUACCACUACCAUAUUGUCACUGUAGUGUUACUUGCACUAAGUGAGGUGUUCUUGAAUUAAAACGUAUGAAAGCAGUAAA